AGGAAUGAGGAAGAAGAUUAGGGGGAGAUAAGAGGGAGAAACAGUGCGAGCUUGUUAGCUGAAAAAGUACGGUGACAUUUUGUCACAUUCUAGACCUCCGCUCAUUCAAGAGAAUAUGCUCUGCCACUUCUCGGUGUAUCAAUCCAUACUGUGCUAGCUGCAAAGACGGUGGUGUGCUCCAUACUACGUUGUAACAGUUUAUACAUUCACACUGGUGAUGUCUGGUCCACAGGUGGUUCUGGUUACUGGCUCCACGCGUGGCUUGGGGUUAGCCAUAGUGCAGACGUUGUGCCAGGGCUUUAAAGGAGAUGUGUAUCUGAGUGCCCGGGACGUCCAGAGGGGGGCCAUGGUUGUCGAGGAUCUGCAGAGGGAGGGACUCAAGCCCAGACUCCUCCAGCUGGACAUCACAGACCCGGUCAGCAUCCAGGCGGCCCGGCAGCAUUUCAUGAAGGAGUACGGGGGUCUGGAUGUGCUGAUCAACAACGCAGGCAUCGCCCCAAAACGAGGUGACCCUGCAUCCAUUGGCAGCCAAGCAGAACGCAUUCUCCAAACCAACUUCUUCGCCACCAGAGACAUGUGCAAUGAAUUUCUCCCUCUCCUGAAGAAAGAUGGAAGGAUAGUGAAUGUUGCCAGCAUCGUGGGCUAUAUCACCCUCUAUAUGUGUUCUCCGGACCUCCAGGCCAGGCUCUGCAGUGAUGACAUCACAGAGGAGGAGCUAGUGGCUCUGAUGAAGCGCUUUGUUGCCGAGGCCAAAGAUGGAGACCACAUCAACAAGGGCUGGCCAAAUUCUGUCUAUGGGGUGUCCAAAAUAGGCCUGAUGGCCCUUACCCGGAUCCAGGCCCGCAGGCUAAGAAGAGAGAUGCCCCAGAGAGGGAUUCUGAUAAACUCCUGCUGCCCGGGCUGGGUGAAGUCUGACAUGACCUAUCCCAACGGGACCAAGACGCCUGCGGAGGGGGCUGACACACCUGUGUACCUGGCGCUGUUGCCUCCAGCAACACAGGAGCCCCAGGGGGAGUUUGUGGUGGAUAGACAGGUACAGGUAUGGGCGGGGUCACCAACAGGUGCAACAGUGGAUGAGGGACCCUGAUUUAGGACCCUUUCAUCUGCUGCUAUAAUAUAUACACGUAACUGCCAAAAUAAAGGAAACAGCAACAAAAAGUGUCUUAGUAGGAUGUAGGCCUACCGUGAGUCAGAACAGCUUCACUGCACCUUGCCAUAGAUUCUACAAGUGUCUGGAACUCUAUCGGAGGUGUGCGACACAAAUCCUUCCUUGAGAAAUUCCAUUAUUUCGUGCUUUGUUGAAGGUGGUGGAAAAUGCUCUCAGGCACCGCUCCAGAAUCUCCCAUAAGUGUUCAAUUGGGUUGAGAUCUGGUGAUCUGGUGAGCAUAUGGUUUACAUCGUUUUCAUGCUCAUCAAACCAUUUAAGUGACCACUCCUGCCCUGUGGAUAGGGGCAGUGGCGUAGGCCUGGGUGGGUGCAAGUCCAACCAAUCAGAUUGAGCAAAAAGUGAUAAUAAUAUUUUACAAAUGGGACAUUAUUUUAAUUUUUACCUAAGCACAGUACUUGACCUGGGCAGGAGCUCACCUGGAACUGAGUACCGGCACCUCAAAUUUUCUUCUGCUUGAGUUCCUUCACCUCCUAUAGAAUAUUAGCACAAAAGUAUUGAGGAGUUCACUUAAAUAUAAAUAGUACCGGCACUUAUUUCAGUACAAGUCAAGCACUGGUCUAAACAUGCAUACACCAUCAGAUAGAAUUCAUAGCAAGCAGUAGGGAGGGGGUGGGACAUCGAAAGGGAUAUUUAUAUUAAUAAUAAUAUAUUUUAUUUGGCAGAUGCUUUUCAGGACACUCAAGGACAUCUUACAUAAAAUCGAGUGCUGUACUAAAAUCUAUUUUAAUUUAGGCCUAUAUAAUGAAUUUCAAUUAUUAUUGAUUAUUUACUGUUAAACUAAUUCAACAAAAACUAAACAAUCAGCUUAUCAAUUUCUAAAUAAAGGGUGUGUUGUGUCACUUCAUACUGAUACCAUGUGCGCAGGGGCGGAAAUCGCGGGGGGGACGGGGGGGACACGACCCCCCCAUCCUGGGAAAAAUAUGAUUUGUCCCCCCCCAAUAUAUCACUGAAACAUAACUAUGUAAUUUAAAUAAUAUUAAUAAUACGCA